AUGGAUAACUCAGGUACAGCAGAUGCACAAAAUCUGCUCCCAUCUUGGUUAUUUGGGAAAGACAGUCCAGGAGCCGAUGAGGCGUAGUGACUGGAGUGUUGGAUUUGGACUGGGGAGGCCUGGGAGCAGAUCUGUUUGGCCAGGAAGCAUACUUGGCACCUUGGGGCAAGUCAGGAAUUUUCCAUUUAAGCUCCCUGGCAGAAUAAAACAGGAUUGCUGCCAUGUGUGCUAUCCUAAACCCCAAAGAGGGAGACAGAUUGGAACCCAAUGGGUUAGUUAAGUAGGUAUUUAAAAUGUAAAUGUAUUUAAUUUGUAAUCACUUUUUGAUUGGAGUCCCCAAAGCACCAUUAAUAAAAUAUGACUUUUAAAAAAAUAAUGGAUCCAUAUGGAUAUUGGAAACAGAAUGCUAAAAUAAUUAAUUCAAAGAGGAAGCAAAACACAGAAACCAAGAGAGGCAAACACACCUUCCACAUGUGGAAACUGGAGACUGUUUAGUCGCUUGGAACGUGGGUGGGGAGGACAAAGUGGGUGGAGUUUUGAGCGGGGCAGGACCUGAGCAGACCUGUGAUGGUGUCUGUCUGCCUCCUCCUCCUCCUGGUUCUAUCUUGUGAGGCUUGCUAUGGGGUUUAUUUGGAGGCAGGGGUCUGUAUGGAAAGGGACAGUUCAGCUGAAGUAGGAUUAGUUGUACAGUAUAGCAAUGUCUUUGUCUGCUUGCCUCUCUCUGAUCAUUAACAUACACAUCCCGGUUGAUAGGAUAGGAUAAAAGCAGGGGGUGUCUUCAUGUAGAUACUAAUGCUGAGCCAGUGACUUAUUGCAGGAUUUGUCAUAAUAAGGGUUUAGUGUCAAGUUGGCAAAAUCUGUUCCUCCUUUUGCUGUGAAUCCUCACAUAGGGUGUGGUGAUCAUCCCCCUCCCUCCCUGUCUCCUUAGCUUUUGGUUUUAUGUUCAUUGUCCCUUGAUGGUGUAUGUUGAUUAGGAGGCAAGUGAGAACUGAGAGUGCUUAGAGGCUGUUUAGUUCUGCUACUCUUUUGCAGGAACUAUGUGUUUGGUCCUAAUGUUGUUACAAUCCAGAUGAAGACAGUAGGAAUGGUAAAACCCCUAACAGUGCUGUCUUUGAAUUCUGGAAGUAAGUAUUUUGCAGUAGUGUAACUGGCCAUAAUAUUAUUUUAAGAUGUUACUUUAAAAAGUACUCUGUUUAUCAUAUGAAAGAGAAAGAGACUACAUGUAUUUGAAUGAGAGUUGAUGUUGUUGCUUUUAAAAAGCCUUUUUAACAACCCCGAAAUUUCCACAUUUUCCACAGUAUUUUUUUGGGGGGGGGGAGGUGUCAACAGAGCAACUGGCUUUCUCUCCCCAUGCCCUCUCAUCUGAAAGGAAGUCCAUCAUUGCCCUAUGAAUUCUGUUGAAAGUUCCAUGCCGUGCACUUGAUAUGCAGCUGCUUAUUCUUUGGAAAAGCCCAUGUGCAAAAGGCAAAGGACAUUCCAUGUGAAGUUUGCAGUGGAAACUUGAACUCCAAACUAUGUCAGCAGUUCACUAGCAAAAACUAGUCUGAAACUGUGUCCCUUUGCUGGAGGGAUUCAAAAUGGUGUAUGUGUGCAGACUUUGAGUCCCUUCUUUCAGGUUGAGCCAUUGACCUUGUUCACACACCGUGUAAAGCCAUAAGCCAUGGUUUGCUGUGCGUAAGCAAAUCACUCCUUCUCUCAGCAUACACUGAGAGGAAACAAACCAUGAUCACUGGCUUAACUAUGGGAUACUGUGAUGUGUGGGCUUCCUCCACCUAUUUCACUCCUAUUUUUGCUCCUCUGUUUUCUUUCAAUGCUGAACUUGUGGUUUACUGGCCAAGGACUUUUUUAAAGUAGAGUUUCCAGCUGCACAAAUUCCCUGUCAGACAUGCCACACCAUAAAAGAAAAGCCAAAUGAACACAAAGCAUUCUUUUCUCCUAUGUGCUGUGUUAGUAGUGGUUUCUCCCCAGGAGUCAUUAUUGAUUAUUCAUUUAUGAAUUUGCCUUAGUGUAGUAACUAACAGAUGCAAAACCAGGAGUACUUUAAGGGGAUUUACAAGCAUAUAAUGUAGUGUUGUUUGCCCAAAGAUGAAGGGGAAGAAGAAUAGGAGGUUCUGGCCAAAAAGAAGGUGUUUUAAUAUGGUUUGGCUAAUUUUAUUUUAAGUAUAGAAACAGAGUGCAUUCCAUCCUUAUACAAUUUGUAUACAUGCUGCUCCUGACAUAACUUAUCAUAUAAGUGCCUAAUAAACACAUAUGCACAUUGUCAGUUUUCCAUUGGCACAUUUCCCCCACAUGUUGUGCCUUACUGCACCCUAAGUACCCCUUGUUAUUGACCUCCCUCCAAAAAGGAAGAAUUGAUGCCAGGAGAGAGUUACAGUUCAGCUCUUCUGGCUUCCCUUUCUCUGGUCUUCUGAGCCUUAAUUGCCUGAGCUUGCCCAGACAUAUCAGAGUGAGGAGGUGCUCCCUGUUUUGUGCUGAUUUGGAAGUUGCAGUGAGUCCCAUUUCUCCCCUUUGUGAGGCCUCACAACAAAGUGCGUCAGUGAAGGAGUGUGAGGAGAGAGUUUGCACGGAAGAGAGAGCAUUAAAGCAAGAUGGCAACACGGCUAUGACCAGGAGGGGAGAAGAGCACUGCAGACAGAAAAGAGUGAGUGAGGGGCACAGGGUGGAGGGGGAAAGAAUAAGUAAGCAGAAAAUGAGUUCCGCACAGAAGCUUAGAAAGUGGAACUGGGUGGCAUCUUCAGAAGAUCCUUUGACUGAGGCCAGAUUGGUGGGGGUUGCUUGUCUGUUUCCUUAUCAGACAGGAUAGUAGUGAGAAUGCCAGAUGUGGACACGGGAAGCCUCCAUUCAAGUCUCCACCUAUUAUGCAAGCAGCUUGCUUCUUGACUUUGGGCUAGCCGCUUUCUCUCUUACUGUAGCCUGUAGGGUGGUUGACAGGGGAAAGGCAGCAUAGAAAUAAAAAGGUAGAAUAAAUGGUGUAUGAGCAUCAGAAAGAGUGUUGGAUGAGCAGCUGGACAUAUUGAAAUAGUUUAUCCUUCUGCAGACAUUGGCUUAAAAAUAUUGUAGGAAAGAAAAGAAUGUUUUAACAAGCCAGCUACACCUGCUGCUUGAUGUUUGUAGUGGGACUGCUCAUCCUUUUCCUUUUAAUAGAACCACACAAGUGUAACAUUUGCAAGGAGUUAUUAAGUAUAUUGGGUGCAGGACAUACAAUUAGGUGAUGUGGAAUGAUGACUAUGAGAUGACCCUUCUAAAAAAGGCUGGCACACCAGUUGACAGCUCUGAAUGUUGGCCUUGUUAGAGCCCUUUCAUUUUUAUCCUUGGAGGUCUGAAAUGGACUUUAGAUCCAGGUCAGGGUUGGUAAGACAUGCAUCUGUUUCCUCCCAGGUAUUAGUUCCCAGGUUUUUCUCAGGUGUCUCUUCUAGGCUCAGCACAGCCUAUGGGAAAUCAUGAAGUGAUGGGUGGGUAUGUCACCUGCUUGAGACAUGUGCAGGGAAAGCAGCACAGGGUAAUUAUAAUCUGCUGUUACUAUUUUGACUGGUUUUUAAUUGGUGUGAUUUUAUCUUGAUAUUAUUUGACUACCUGUCAGAAACUGCAGCGUCGUUAUUGUUGCUGUUUUUAAUCACCUUUCACAUCUCUCAGAGUGAUAUAUAAUCCUACAAUAUACUGAAUCAGACCCAUGGAUCCACCUGACUCCAUACUGUCUGCACUGACUGGUAGUCAUGCUCCAUGGUUUCACACAGGGAUAUUCCUUGGCUAUUUCAGACUGGAUGUGAUGGCUGUUAAUGAAGCGCCUGCAAGUGUAGUGCAUGCAUUGCAGAGAUGAAGGUCUUGCCCUUGUCUAUCUAUUUUCUGUUCUAUAAGCAUGUAAAAAUAUAUCUGUACCAACAGAAGGCAUACACUAAAUGCCUUAUCAAUUAAUACUCAAGCCAUGGUCCUGUGAUUACCUUAAGUCAGUCAAUAAAUAAAUAAAAUUUUGUAAUUCCAACCCUCCAUAACAGUUCAAUAUUGAUUCACCUGAAUGUUCCACUUCUGUUUCUUUUACCAAACAACAACAUGAUCACUUUCAGGAUGUUUUUAUAUGUACUAUGUAUAUAUGUAACCACCUAGACUUUCUGCCCUUUCUGCCCUAUUUUAUAUAGAAAGUCAGGGCAGAAUGUCAGAAAUAAAUACGAGUAUGAGCUGUACCAAAAUGUUGCAGUGUCCCCUUAGCGUUUGUCUGGUGUACAGUGCAAAGCCAGAAGUUCCUCUUCCAGGCAUUAACUUUUGUUGCUUUAUUAUUUUUUCCUUGUCUUUAGGCCAUCAAUAUUCUGAAGCUCCCAGGGCUUUUAAAGUUGGGUGCUUGCAUACUUUUUAUUCUCUGGUGUCCCAGUUUUACCUGUAAAGCAAUUAGCACUUGACCAUCCAAGUUUGUUCUUUGAGAGUAUGAUGAUUCAUUUGGGAUUGAAUGGCAUUUUGGUUGGCUGUAUUGAGACAAAUGUUAAAUUAACAAAAAUUAAACAACUUUCCCUAGCAUAAGGAUUCAGAAGUGUAAAAAACUUCAUCUAUGUCUAUCUGUCAUACAGCUGUUAACAGCUCAGUAGCUCUCCUUGGAAGCAAAGGAAUGACCCUGCCUAUAAUGCGCAUUCACACACAAACCCCAGUUUAGAAGAGGGUAUUAAGAUAAAUCCCUCCUCUGAAAGAGUACUAUGUGUGCCUCAUUUCAAACAGUCAAGGGCAGAUUUGAUGCUUUCCUCUUUUGGCCAUUGCCUCUAUUGUUAGGAGGCUGACACAGAUCUUUUGUCUCCAAUCUUGAGUGUGGUAUGGCUGCAGAAGUAAUGGAGGAAGUUAUGUAAGGUAAUCUAAGGAAUUCUCCCUGCCCAAGCCUGCAAGGCAAGGCCAGCUGCUCAGCAUUGCUGCUUUUUGCCCUCUGACAAAACGGCUCCCUCUGGAGCUGCUGAACCUCUGGAGCAGCCUGGCUAUCUGGCAGUGGGGUCUGGGAGCUCUUUCCAGAGCCAUGUGCCUGGUCCAGACACGAGUAGUAUCUAGCACUAGCAGAAGAGACUUUAAGGGAACCCUGCAAUGCCAACUUCUUUUGAACAGCUGGUGCCAAUAAUAUGUGGUGUAGUGAUGCUAUCCUAAAGUUGUUGAUCAUAUAACUAUUUCUUAGAUAGAUAUUUCUUCAUCUGUCAUUAGCUGUUUAUUUCUCAUAUGUAGUGACCCCUUUUUGCUCUCCAUUCUCUGCUCCUUUCACAAACCAACCAGCUGUUGGGUGGAGGGAGGGAGAUAGUAUUUAUUUUUAGUUGCCCACAGAACAACUUGGGUAUUUUCGACUUUGCGGAAUCAUAGGUUCUGUCUUCUGUGUGUUCUUCUUUCUUCUUGCUUAUGGUGACAGGAAUUCAGACUGCUGUGAGUGAAGAGCUCCUCCACCUGGGGCACAGAGGCAGUGUGGUAUUUAUCUCUUCUCCAUGCUUGUGUGGUCAUUGUGUGCGUCCCACUUGCCAAACUUCUUCAGGGAGUUUUGGGCAGCAGGAAGUGGUGAUGUGGCAUCUCUGUCUUUUCUGUCUUACUAUGCCAUCUCCCCGAGAUGCGUACUUACGUCGCUGUGCUUGGAAAGCUGUUUCUCUGUGCUUUUUUGUAAGAUCGGAGGCCAUUAUUUCCGUGUGCGAAUGAAUAAUGCUUUCUUAAAAUACCAAACGACCCAGGUUUCACUCAGACAUACUCAUUUUUGUUAGGUAAAGAUGGGAAGGUACAGUAGCUGUGCCUGUCCAUUAAAAUAAUUCUAAAAUAAAAACAUUAGGGUAACAAUUUUCAUUAUGUCCCAACUAAAAAGUCACAAAACAGUAAUCAUAUUUUUACAUUCUGCAGAGCUAGAUAUUCAGUAAAAGGGAAAUAAGCUAUUUUGCGGAGCAUGGGGAGAGAGAAAAACAUAUGUCCCCUAGGGCAUGUGGAAAAUGUUGUGAAGUCUGAAUUUUGUAAAAGUUCAUUUGAAGUACAGUCGUACCUUGGAUCCUAAACGCCCUGGAAAUGGCUCCAGAACGUUGGAAACCUGGAAGUGAUUGUUCCAGUUUGCGAAUGUUCUUUUGGAACCCAAACGUCUGACGGGGUUUCGAACGUUUUGGAAGUCAAAUGGACUUCCGGAACGGAUUCUGUUCGACUUCUAAGGUACGACCAUACAUGAGCGGUUAUGCAGACUUUGACAACAAUCCUAACUAACUGUGCUUAUCUGGGAGUAAUCUCCAUUGCAAUUAGUAGGGCUUACUUUUGAGUAGACACGCAUAGGGUUGCACAACAUUAGGUGACUAUUAGGGGCAAAGCAGAUUUCAAGUUGCCCCAUGGGCUGUAAGGCCAAAGAGAGGACAAUUUACCAUUUGAGAAUAUAAAUUUGGACCAACCUCUUAGCAACUGCUGAGGGUAAAUAUCUAACAUGCAAGGUAAAUUUUCUUUGACUUCAGCAGCAUCACAGUACUCCUUUCUUUGGUCAACAUGCUAAUGUUGGGCUUUGUUGGCUGAUGGCUCUGCCCAGAGUUUUGGUGGGAGAAAUAGCCCGUGGCCAACACACACCCACCAACAAUCCUUCCUGCAAUAAUGCUUGGCAGGUGCAUUUCAUCUUGCAUCAGAAGAUCUUGCUUUGCAGUUUGUACUGUUCACGACCCUUUAUGGUGUAGCACUCCGCUUCAUCACAUGCUAAUCUUCCCCUCAUCUCAUCCCUGCCUGGCACCUGCUCUGCUUGAUAAUAAUUUCCCGCUUUGUUGCAGAGGGAAGAUUCUUCAGUGGGAAACGGCCCAGCUUGCCGGGGGCACGUCAGCUUCCCAUGGUACAGAAGUUGGUGGACUCUUUGGCCCAGCUACAAGAGGAAAAGUUGCAGCUGCAGCAAGAGUUGUUGCUGCUGCAGGAAAAGCUUUCUGCGCAAGAGAGCAGCCAACUCAGUCAGACUGUACAGCUGCAGAACCAGGUAUGUUGUCAUUCAGGCUCCUUGUAGCGGGACAACAUGCAUCUCUGCUAGCUAUUUUUCUGGGAGCAGCUUGUGGAAUCCUUGCCUCAUCCUGGAUGGCAUCCUAGACUAGUCAUCCCAUCCCAGGAUUUGUCUCAGUAAAGUAAUUGUGUCAUUAUAGGGACCCCCCCCCAAAAAAAAAUAAUACAUGGAAAGACCAUGCUGUGUGCUUGUGAUAGUUUUUUCUGCAAAAGCAAUACCUGUGUGUAGUACUUUUUUGAAUUCCCUAGUAAGAAACUUUAGAAUGGGCCUUUAAGAGCACUUCACAAUCUGCUCAGUAUUUUACCAUCCUGAAUAAGUUCAUGCCAUCUACAAAUUUGGAUACUUGCAGUUUUAGAACAAGAAUAAGAAGGAUUAAUCUUACCCUACCCCACUAAAAGGUAAACACCAAAACAGGCCAGAAUCUUUCCACAUCAUGAUUAAAUUAAGAUCCUUAAACAGUGAAAAGUAAUGUUUCCACCCAGUGAGCUGACAGUGUUGGCUGCAGGAGGGUUUCUCUGGGGAAAACAUUCCACAAUUGGGGAAUCACCACUGAAAAUGCCUUUUGAACUUGUGUUUCAAAAAAGACCCUUAGCAUUCACUUUUUCAGUGUGGUUUUAAAUAAGCCUUUCUCUUUCCCUCCCUCUCUCUUUUAGUGUGGUUUAAAGCUAACCUGCAAACUGCUUUGUACUGUUUCUGCUAUGGAAAAAUACUGUAUUUAUUCUUAAUUAUUCUAUUAUUUUAAAUAAGCCACCUGUAUAGUUUUAUUGAUGGUCAGUCUUAUAAAUUUAAGAAACUUAACUGUCAAGUACAUCUCUGUUUUCCUUCCAACGUGGAAGUGAUAUGUAUUUAAAGCUACCUUUCUGCAUUGGUAGACAGAAAGUCUGAAGGACCAACUCCUGGAGCAAGCACAGGAAAUGAACAGGCUCCAUUCCGUGUUGGUGAGCUACAUAAGCUUCUUUGCACUGCUAACAUCUCCGAAAGACUUUCUUCCAUAAUACAUGUAUCAUGAAAACAUUUACAUGUAGGCUAAACUAUAAACAGAGGAAGUAACUGCUGUUGAACUCCUUUCUGAGUAGGAAUGCAUGUUACGGCAGCAAUACUUGUGUGUGUGUGUGUGUGUGUGUGUGUGUGUACACGUGUGUACAGCUUUGGAUUUCUUUACCGCAACUAGGGGAUGGUGCUCAUGUAUGUGACUAAAAUUGUACUGAAUGAGCAACUUGGCUUUUGCAAUUAUAUGUGAAGCAAAACCCUGAAGGUGGCUUAGCACAGGGUUACAAGUUUUGCAAGUUAAAUGUGGUGAAUUUGACCCACAUUGACCUCCAUUUUUCCUGAGGUCUCCCCAAAAAAGCAUUGCAAGCAGCCUGUUUGCUGGUGUUUGUGGAAAUUCAACAUGCUCCUGUAAACAGCUGAGUUCAUCACACUUUGCUUAUUGAUUUGGCCUAGGCAGGAAGGACUGUGGAUUCUCCCACUCUUGAGUUACUUUGCUGAAAUCCCCCUCCUUCCCAUUGGAAAGGUUAAUCCUGUUAUCAUGCAGAUUUUCCCUUAGUGUUUAUAAUCCUUGCUUUAUGCUACUGUUGUUGUUGUUUAACAAACCGUUCCCUUAACAUUGCUGAGGGCUUAGCUCUAAAUUGGUCCAUCUCAUCUGAGGAGAUGACACUUAUUUCCAGUAGUGAUAUGCUCCCCAUCAUAAAGACAGGACUUGUUUCUGUGCAAGUUCAGUUCUUUUCGCCUGAUAAGAAUUUCUUCUUGAUGCUGGGGGUGGGGAAGCGCAGGGCCACUCCAUUUGAAAACACCUGUGGGAGAAGUAUAAGCUUAGAGACCCUGCCUGGUGUCUGCUUUUCUGAAGGAAAAAAGAGCUGAAGAGGAGUUGCCCAUAAACAGCAGGAUCCAAAAUGCACCCAGCAUUGAAAAACACAUGCAGGAAACAAAAUGAAUAUGUAAUAAGUACACUACAGAUAUGUUAAUAAUUGAAUCACAAAAGCAAUAGUCCACACAAUGCAAAAUGCCAAGUGUACAAAUUAUAAGGGUGUUACCAGCACUGGUGGGUGUGAAGGAAAAUGGCAAUUAACCCACCUACACACAGUACUGCUAGAUCAAUUCAGCUAAAUUUAUUGAGAGAGUUUGCAAACAAAGUGUAGCCGGUGAGUCAUUUUUCUGGGAACGUAGGGAGAUGCCUUAUGCCACAACAGCCCAUUGGUCUAUCUAGCUCAGUGUUGUCCACACUGACUGGCCGUGGAUUUCUGCAAGAAAAGCAUGCGCUUUGCCUCUGAGCCAUAUUCCUUCCACUCAUAUAUAUAUUGCCUGUUUGUUCUGCUCAAACAAAUGGCAUGUUUUUGAACAUAGAUACCUUUGGGAGUUGGUGGGAUGGAAACUUUUAAAUAAAUAAAUAAAUAAAUAAAUAAAUAAUUUCCACUGUUAAUUUUUUCAGUGGGAAACUUUCAAGCUUUUCUUGUGAUUUCCCUCAGGUCCAGUAGGUGACUUGGUAGUUAAAGUAGUAAAAUUGCUCAUAAUGCAUAGGUUCCUCUAACACCCUGCCUGCCUCCCAUGCCCUUUUUUUAGGGUGGCACAGAUCUGGAGAAGCACCGGGACCUUUUGGUUGCAGAAAAUGUGCGUCUGAAACAAGAGAUGAAGAUGUGUGAGGCACAACUGCAGGAGCUCAAGAAGAAGCAUCCUGUGAAAUGCGUGAACUGCGAGCACAGCCAGGUAAAAAGAGUUGCUGCUUCUUUCUGCUGGGGUGGGGCUGCAGGCCGCUCAGCUGAAGUCAUGUUCAUUAUAUGCUAUAUUCAUUCCUCCCUGUUUACUACUUAGGAGAAUGUGAAGUUGCAGGAAAAGCUGGCCCAACUAAAGCAAGAAGCAGAAGAGGUGAAAGGGCGCCUGUCGGAGCUGGACCUAGAAGUGGAGCAGAAAACCAAUCGCCUGGCUGAGGUGGAGCUCCGGCUGAAAGACUCCCUAGCAGAGAAGGCAGAGGAGGAGGAAAGGCUCAGCCGCAGACUGAGGGAUAGCCAGGAGACAAUAGCCAGCCUCAAAGCCCAGCCUCAGCAAAUUAAGGUGAGGCAGAAUAGCUUGCUGUGAAGGCUUUAGUCCAUGAGUUUCCUGAAAGUGAAACUGCUUAAAGAGUCAUCAGUCCCCAGAAGAGCUUCAGUCAGAGAUCCAGAGUAUCUCUUAUUUUCAUAAGCUGCCCUCAAGUAGAGUUGUAGAGUUGGAAAGGAUCCUUAAGGUCACCUAUAAUGAACUGUGGCCGUGUCUCACUUCUGUAGCUGUGUUUCUUGCUUUUCCUCCCCCAGUAUGUAAUCAAGACCGUGGAAGUCGAGUCCUCAAAGACCAAGCAGGCCCUCUGUGAAGCCCAGUCCCGGAACCAGUACUUGCAAGACCAAGUUGGGAUGCAGAGACAGGUGCUGAAAGAGAUGGAACAGCAACUGCAGAACUCUCAGAAAGCAGCAGUGCAGCUCAGAGCUCAGGUGAGCACUUUCUGAGUGUGGAAAAAGAGAGAGAAGCAGAGCUCAGGCAACUUGUUCAAAAUGAUGCAGGUGGAAAGAACAGGAAGCGCUAAGGGUGCUUCUUCAUUUGUUGGUGCUUUCUUCUCUGCUUUUGGUCCCUUGCAAGAGAGUUAUGCAUUCUUUAGCUUCUAGGUCCCCCUCUUGCUACACUUCUGCAGCAGUAUCCUCUUCCUCCUCUCUGGGCUCUACCUGCUGCUCCAGGGCCCUCUUUCCAGUUCUCUCUCUCAAGCCUCACUGGUGUGCAACCUGUCCCUGGAUCCUAAUGCCUUCCUAUCGGCAGCAGAAGGCACUCUUUUGAUGGAUGUUAGAGGAGGGAUGGGGGAGAAAUUCCAUUAAGUUUGCAUUUAAAGGCAAACCUACCACAUUCAUGCUUCCUGAAACCAUACAUGAACUGAAACAGUUGUCCUUUGAAAUUCACAAUUCUUAUAUUUUUAGUAUGGUUCUCUAGCCAAGUAAUGUGUACAAAAAUUCAUAUACUAGGAUAAUGUUUGCACACAAAUGCAUAUAUCUGUGAAAAUAACAUACAAAUAUAAUUUUAUUAGGGGAAAUUGCACACAAAAAUGUGUGUCAUAAGAAGAAAUUCAGGUUAAAAUGCUGGUGAAUGUUCAUAAGAUUAUUACAGUGGUACCUCGGGUUACAUACGCUUCAGGUUACAUUCGCUUCAGGUUACAGACUCCGCUAACCCAGAAAUAUUACCUCGGGUUAAGAACUUUGCUUCAGGAUGAAAUCGUGCAGCAGUGGCGCAGCGGCAGCAAGAGACCCCUUAGCUAAAGUGGUGCUUCAGGUUAAGAACAGUUUCAGGUUAAGAACAGACCUCCAGAACGAAUUAAGUUCUUAACCUGAGGUACCACUGUAUUAUUUUAAAAAAAACUGCAAACCCAUGUAGAAAUGUGGGUAACUGAACAUAAGAUUGAAAAAAUGAGAAACAGAGAGGAACUGAUUGGAGAGAUUUGCCUGCCCUAGAGGAGAGGGAAAGUGGUAGCCUGGCCUCUUCACCCUGACAGGUUCCUUUGCUGUGUUUCCUAGGUUACAUUGUAUGAGUCUGAGUUGGAGCGGGCCCACGAGCAGAUGCUGGAGGAGAUGCAGAACAUGGAGGAGGACAAGAAUCGAGCCAUUGAAGAAGCAUUUGCUCGAGCCCAGGUAGAAAUGAAAGCUGUCCACGAGAACCUAGCAGGUGAGUAUCUUCAAGCUGGCCAAACAUUUCUCUCAAGGGCCUGGUUUGGCUUUUGAAGAAGCAGCUGCCUUUCAGUUCAGAGAUCAUUUGAACCAGCAUCUGCCUUAUGGAGGUUUUGUUUAAGGAGGAGAAAUGCUUUUUGCAAAUGAAAAUGGGGAAAUGUAUGAGUCUGUAGCGUUGCCUUAAUGUACAUUUAUUCAUCUCCGUAGGAGUGAGGACAAAUCUCCUGACUCUCCAGCCAGCUCUUCGAACCCUUACAAAUGAUUACAAUAGCCUGAAGCGGCAGGUCAAAGAAUUUCCUGUUCUUCUCCAAGAAGCCCUACAGAGUGCCAAGGCUGAGGUCAGUCCAGCAGCAAGACUGUCCUACUUCCAAAUCUCAGGGCUGAUUCCCGCCCUCUGAAUGGUGUGGUGCUGCACCUUCCCUGUUGGUUGUAAAGUUCCUUUUUAAUUAUGAGUGGCUCAGUUGAGAUGGGAAGAUCUGGAUGAGAUGAGGAGGAGUAAGAUUCUCCACCUCACAGAGUGUGACAUAUUCCCCCUAACUCUUUUGUCCUCUCUUCAAAGAUUGGCCAAGCCAUUGAAGAGGUCAACAGUACAAAUCAGGAGCUCCUGAGGAAAUACCGCAGAGAACUGCAGCUCCGGAAGAAAUGUCACAAUGAACUUGUGCGGUUGAAAGGUCUGUGAGUCCCUAUGUAUGGGUUCCUUGAGGGCAUGGCAUAGAUGCCACUUGACGACUGAGGCUACCUGAUAGGAAGUUGAGGUGGUGUUUUCUGGGGUUCCCAGCUUCAGAGUUGGGGGAGCCUUUGCGGUGGAAACAUCUUCCUAUCUCUUAUGCACGGGGUGUUCAUUGUGGCUCAGGUGGUUUUGCUGAUGGCUGUCUGGCAGGCAAAGUGUGGAUUUGCACACAUUCUGCUUCACCAAAAACAAGGUUCUGAACCUUGGCCUGCCCCUAAAUGCCAUUUGGAAAGAUGGUUCUUUUGGAAUAUAGCCUAGUGGUUGAGAUAACCAUCAGCCACUGUGAUUCUCUGUGGGGUGGCCUAGGAGCCAGCUGUUCUCAGAUUUAUAAAGCUAUAAUUUCCCUUUAAGGCAAUAUCCGUGUGUUUGGCCGUGUUCGGCCAGUAUGUAAAGAGGAUGGCGAUGGGCCAGAGGCUGCCAGUGCGGUGACAUUUGACCCUGAUGAUGAUGCCAUCUUGUAUCUGAUGCAUAGAGGGAAGCUGGUAUCAUUUGAACUUGACAAGGUUUUUCCUCCUGAAGCAACACAGGAAGAUGUAAGUAUAGUCACGGUGUUCUCCUGUUAAGUUAGCAAGAAUGUCUGCUGGGUGAGAGAAGGAGGAACUUAGCUUGAAGGGAAACGUCUCAUUUGUUGAGUUACUUAACUAGGUAGGAAUGUGUUUACCAGCAGGCAAAUUAGACAUGUUGCUGUUGCUGCAGUAUCUCAUCUUCCUCCUUUACUCUAUAUGUAAAGAGGUUGUGAUUCAUUUAGUUUGGACUUAGUAGUCUCAUGGAUAUGUAUGAGCCUGAUGGCAGCGGAGCAAAGUACUCUGCCAAUGCCUUACGCAAACUUUGUUUUUUAAAGGUCUUCCGGGAAGUUCAAGCCCUGAUCACAUCCUGCAUUGAUGGUUACAAUGUUUGCAUUUUCGCCUAUGGCCAGACAGGUGCCGGCAAGACAUACACAAUGGAGGUGAGCUGCUUUUCAGUUCCUUUUUAAACGAUUUGCCGAUUCUGCAGUUUCCAUAGCCCUGUUGUGGGGUUGUUCAGCUAGUGCUAAAUGCCUAUCUAUUUGGGGGGUGGGGACUGAAUAUAAAGCCCAUAUUGCAUGCCUGCGAGUGUGUUUCCAAGUUCAGUUCAAGGUGGUGGCUCUCACCUUUUAAAGGUAUCCUUGGGCCCACAUAUCUUGGGGAGCACCUUUUCCCUUAUGAACGUCCCGUUAUUCACACCAUCCCAGGAGGUCUUGCCCCAUGGGAUAUUCAUUUGGUAAGUCCCUAAAAUGUGGCCCUGCAGCUGCUCAAUGCUCUUCCAAAGGUUUUUCAGGCUGCAUUGUUGUGCAGUUUUAGGUUCCAAAAGAAAACACUCCUUCCUGCUCGUACUCAUUACAGGGGUGGAGUAUACACGAAAGGGUUACCUCUUCUUUUGGAAGGCAGUGUCAAAACUAGGAGUAAAUAAAUCUGGUUACCUGUGGUCAACUGGAAAAGGAGGGAAUCUUCUCACCAGUCUUGAUUCCUCCUUCACUGGAAGAGCACGGUUAAUCCUUUCUCCCACCUGCUGUGCCUCAAGGGGUAGGAGUGGUCCAAUUUCCUUUAUUUCUUUUGAAAACACCACUUGCUAUUUAGGCUUUCUGGCUGCUGUUUGGGGCAGACUGUGUUGUAUAGUGUUUCCAUGUUUGCUGAGGGGGAUUUGUGGUAUUAGAGUUCAAAAUACUACCUUUUAGCCUUUAUAAGGUUUUACUAUUUUUUCAUUUUUACAGAAAAACUGUGUGCCCCCACUACUGGGGAUGGCAGGGAGAUGGAUAGAGGGAAGGGAAAUUGAUGAGUGAGUCAGUGAUGGUGUGCUGGACUGCCUGGCAUGAGCGCGCGCGCACACGCACUCUUUCUGGUGUUCCUUUCUUCUUAUGUAAUGUUAAUACAUUGAAGGAACAUGAUGUCCUUCCUUCCAUUUUCCUCACUAGGGAACUCCCGAAAACCCAGGAAUCAACCAGCGGGCACUGCAGCUUCUCUUCUCAGAAGUGCAGGCAAAAGCCUCCGACUGGAACUACCAGAUCACUGUCAGUGUGGCUGAGAUCUACAAUGAAGCCCUCAGGUAACCACAGGAUGCCAAAGACCUCUCAGUCCCUAGAUUCAAAACCCUAGGGUUUGGAAUGUCCCAGAAAACAAUUUCAGUGGUGGUGGUGGAACAGCUUGUGCUUUCUGCAGGAGAAGCGACCCCGCCCCAUAUAACAAGGCAAUAUCCCUAUUCAGGUGCUCUGGAAACUAGUUCUGGUGUUGAAGCAAGUUUCAGAACUGAGCCCCGAGACAGAAUUAGCUCUUGGCAGUGGCAACUCUGUUCACCUGUUUUCAGAAUUUAGUUCCUCUUGGGUAGUGGCACUCUUAGCCAAGGCAGUUCAUUGUGACUUGUUAGAGUUUGUUCAACUAAAAAAUUUCCUUUGACUGAGGAAUACUUGUUCCAUGGUUCUUCCCUCCUUCCCUCCAUUAGCCGUUUUCUGCCUCUGUUCAAAGCACUUGGAAUGGUGUUGGUAUUGGACACUCUCAGGUUGAAGAACACUGUCCACCUGCAAUUUGUAACUUGGGAAGGAUGAAACAGCUCUUUAGGCAAGGGACCUGAUCCUGCUGCAAGAGAACCAAUGUGGGGUUUUUCUUUUAGCAAUCAAAUAUUGGGUGUCUAUUUGUUACUGAUUCUUCGGCAACUGUCUCUCACCUACUGCAUCCCUAACCCAUCUUUCUGUGCUGGAAAAGUGUCCUUUUGGAGCACAUAGCCUUACAAAGAUCUUGCUUGCCUCUCUCUUUCAGAGACCUGCUUGGAAAGGAGCCCCAGGAGAAGUUGGACAUCAAACUGUGCCCGGAUGGUAGUGGACAGCUCUAUGUGCCAGGCCUGACAGAGUUCCCUGUGCACUGUGUAGAAGACAUCAACCAGGUUAGAAAACGGGCAAGGAGGCUUCAUUUUGAAUAGCAAGUCAACCACCACCCCCCAGUCUAGGUCCAGGCAAGGGAAGUUCAGAAAGGCUCACUUCUGUAAAUGAGAUUUACAGGAAGAAUAAAUGAAGAAUUUUAAUGAGUAUUUUAUGACACAAGUACCAGAAACUGCUUUGAUUUUUAGGAUUAUAUAAAAAUGUGAUGUGGGCAGGUAUUGUGCACGUUGCACUGUGAAGCUGAGUUUACUGUGCAGCCUGCAUCUUUUUUCCUGUUUCUUGGACUUUGAGUUUUCAGCUGUUUUCAUGUGUAGCAAAUCUUAAGGACUUCCACUGACUAUGUGGUGCCAGGGAAGUUCUGCAAAGGCACUCUCUGCUGCUCAGAGAUUCUGCUGCCCUCUGAAUGGGCGCCAAGUGCCUGGGAUGAUGGUCAGAGAGGGAGGCCUAUGUGAGAACUGGCUGCUGAAGGCAGGUGUGGCUUGACUGUCUCUCUCUCUCUCUGUGCACUUAUUCUAGGUCUUUGAAUUUGGUCAUAUCAACCGAGUGACUGAAAGCACCUACUUGAACGAGCACAGCUCCCGAUCUCACGCCCUCCUGAUUAUCACAGUGAGGGGAAUUGAUUACAGCACAGGAAUACGAACCACAGGUUGGUAGAAAUUUACUCCUAGUUGUUGUCAACCAUGAAGGAAACAUGGUCUCCUAACCUAGGUUGUAAGUGAAUCACAUAGGAAACAGAUCAUUGAGGAAUGUCAAUUAAUUUUGUAGAUGAUAGCCAAAUUACAAUGUAGCUCAGGCCGGUUGAUACUUGAGACAAGGUCCAGGAGAGGUCCAUGCAAUGAGCCACCAGGUUUAAUUGAGCAGAAUAAAUUGUAAGAAACAUUAUUGGGCAUCACUUUGGCUGGUAGCUAGGGAUAGUUCCUUUGCAUUGUGUUUCCCACCGACAAACCAGUAGCUGAACCCUUGGGUUCUUGAUCACCAGUUUCUACAUACAUCCAAGCUCUUUGGUUUCUUGGUGAACUUAGAAGGGUGCUUGAUCAUUGAUAGCUCUGGCUGUUGUUUGCCGAGGCCCAAAGUCUUGUUGAAUACUAAUAGCUCAGUCCUAAACAUAUUUAUUCGCAAGUAAGUAUGCUCAGGAUUGUAGUUCAGGUGUGCCUGACUUCUUUCCUCCUAGGGAAGCUGAAUUUGGUUGAUCUGGCAGGAUCUGAGCGUGUGGGGAGGUCUGGUGCAGAGGGGAGCAGGCUGCGUGAGGCCCAGUACAUCAACAAAUCGCUCUCAGCUUUGGGAGAUGUGAUCUAUGCCCUGCGUUCCCGCCAGGGCCAUGUGCCAUUCCGCAACUCCAAGCUGACCUACCUACUUCAAGACUCUCUCAGUGGUGACAGCAAGACCCUCAUGAUGGUCCAGGUGGGUGCUUCCAUAAGAGCUAUAAUGGGGGGGGGGUGGCUUUCAAGUGACACAUAAUGAAUUGCAUAUUCGGUGUAUUUGGUGCAGUGUGAUGCGCCUACUUCUCCUUGAGAGCUAUGCCAUUCCUGGGUGUUUUCUUUUGCUAUAUUGUUUUUUUAUUAAUAAUAAUAAUAAUAAAAUUUAUUUAUAUCCCGCCCUCCCCAGCCGAAGCCGGGCUCAGGGCGGCUAACAACACUAAAAUAGUUCAACAUUAUAAAAACAUUAUAAAAAUUAAUUAAAAUCAAAAUUGAUGGCAACCAUAAACUAAAGUUUUGUAAAGAUUGCCAAAGGAGGGAGUCAGGCUGCGCCCUGACCAAAGGCCUGGUGGAACAGCUCUGUCUUGCAGGCCCUGCGGAAAGAUGUCAAGUCCUGCAGGGCCCUAGUCUCUUGUGACAGAGCGUUCCACCAGGUUGGAGCCGCAGCCGAAAAAGCCCUGGCUCUAGUUGAGGCCAGCCUAACCUCUCUGUGGCCUGGGACCUUCAAGAUGUUUUUAUUUGAAGACCGUAAGUUCUUCUGUGGGGCAUACCAGGAGAGGUGCUCCCAUAGGUACGAGGGUCCUAGGCCGUAUAGGGCUUUGAAGGUUAAAGCCAGCACCUUAAACCUGAUCCUGUACUCCACCGGGAGCCAGUGCAGCUGGUAUAGCACCGGAUGAAUGUGAUCUCGCAGCGAAAACCCCGUAAGGAGUCUCGCUGCGGCAUUCUGCACCCGCUGGAGUUUCUGGGUCAGUCUCAAGGGCAGCCCCAUGUAGAGCGAGUUACAAUAAUCCAGUCUGGAGGUGACCGUCGCGUGGAUCACAGUGGCUAGGUCAGGGCGAGAGAGGUAAGGAGCCAACUGCUUAGCUUGGCGGAGAUGAAAAAAUGCUGCCUUUGUUAUAGCUGCAAUCUGCGCCUCCAUGGAGAGGGAGGUAUCGAAGAUUACACCCAAACUCUUAACGGACGGUGCUGGCACUAAUUGCACCCCGCAAGAGAUGGGAGUUGCCCCCUCAAUCCCAUAUCGUCCUGUCCCAGCCAGAGGACCUCUGUCUUUGAAGGAUUUAACUUCAACCGGCUCCCACGUAACCAUCCAGCCACAGCUUCCAAGCAUCUGAUCAGUGUGUCUGGGGCCAAGUUAGGAUGGCCAUCCAUCAACAGAUAGAGUUGGGUGUCAUCAGCAUACUGAUGGCAGCCCAGCCCAAAACUCCGGACAAGCUGGGCGAGGGGGCUCAUAAAGAUGUUAUUUUCAAUAAUAUCUGUAUACAGAAUAAAAAAAACGUAUUCAGCAGUCCAGUCGCUUGUUAUUUUAAAGUUAGUAACGGUUAUUGCAAAAGAUUGACAAAUGCAAUACAUCAAGUAACAAUAGAACAAAUAAUUAUUUCCAGCCCCCACCCCAAAUAAAAUUCUUUCUUGUUAGCAAUCUACACACAGUGUAUUGUAUUGUAUUGUAUUGUAUUCUGUAUUGUCCAGAAUAACACUUUAGCAAAAAGGCCAUUCCUGUUUUGAUUGCCAUGUGCAGUUGUGCAUGCAACAACUGGUGUAAGUCCCCUGCCUGCACUGUUUGGAUAUGAAAAAAAUGUUUUAUGUGCUUGGCUGUGUAAUCCCAGCCCUGGAGCAUCCCACACCCCCACCUAAGAAAGAAAAACCCAGCGUAAUCCAAAGUUGCAAAGGGCAGCAAGACUCCCUCUGUUUCUCUCCCUGCUUCUCAUCUCAUGCACCUUUGGGGAAAGGGACAAACAGCAUAGAUCUAUAAGCGGGAGGCAUCAGCAGGAGCUCACCACUUCUCCCUCGGUUCUUUCAGCUUUAAAUAUGGAUAAUCAUGAAUGUUCCCUUUUCCCUCCCUGGUCAGGUCUCUCCUGUGGAGAAAAAUACAAGUGAGACACUUUGUUCCCUUAAGUUUGCUGAGAGGGUUCGCUCUGUUGAACUGGGCUGUGGCUCUCGGAGGACAGAAUUGGGCUCCUGGACCAGUCAGGAGCACUUAGAGGUAACUGGCCCUCAUUCGUUUCAUCCUGCUUUCUUAUGCAGGAGUGUAUCUUUGGGCUUAUUCUUGCUUCAUACUUUGCCUACAGGGAAGCGCUUUUGGUAUAAUCUGGACACCAAGCAGGUGGUGGUUGGGUGAUCUAGUGUAAAGAAUAACCUACAAGGCCUUUUUCACUUCAGAUUUCAUAUUUUUUAGGUAAACAAGAAAUAGAUCUGAGGGGAAAUCAGCCAAAACAAAUGUAUCAUGAUGUAGUAUAUGAUACUUUUAGUUUGAUAAGUUUGUUGUAUUCUCAUGACUUUGUAUGUCAUAUUGAGGGUCGGCCCACCCAUGAGACAAGGUGAGGCAACCGCAUCAGGCAGUAGGAUCCACAGGGGCAAACCCCAAUGCUGAUCUUCCUUACCCCCUUGUUCCUGAUGUAGAUCUCCCCUUACCCCUUCUUCCCUGGCGCCAUUUGGGGUCUACCUCAGGUGCCAAAAUGUCUUGGGUGGGCCCUGGUUAUAUUGGCUUAACACCAAAUCAGUUAUUGUGUAUGUUACUACUAUGCAAAUUCCAAUUUUGGUGUUUUAGAGCUUCUAUUUUGGAAAUGUGUAUGUACUGCUAAAAUCAUUCUCAUUUAAAAUAAAACCACAAACCUCCACAAAGUUAAUAUAAAAUGUUGCAAACUCUUCUUCUGUGGCUCUUCUUUUAGGCAGACUCAUCAUCGGUCACAGCACAGCCCUGCAUCCGAAGUCAGUCUUCUCCUCGGACUCGGCGAGCGAGUUCACUCCGGGCAAGACUCCAGACGUCAGGUAAGACUUGCAUAGAAGCCGGCUUUUCCUUUUGCUCCUCAGGGCACUCUGACAAUCCCAGAGAUUCUGAGACACAGUGCUGCUCUCUGAGUUUUCAUGUAGAGUUGAGCUGAAUUCCACAACUGGUGCCUCUGGUCGCUCAGAGUGUGUGUGCAUGUGCAUUGGCCUAACUAUUUCAAAACGAAUUUGAAGAUGAGGCCUGCAGCAGGGCAAGCCCUCUCCUCACUGCUGCUGUGUAAUCACCCAGGGGUAGGAGGAAGGAAGGAGAAGCAUGAUAGAGGUAUCAGGAAGGGUGCAGUAAACAGGAGGCUGAUGUCUCAUUUACCAUAUGAUGUCAAGACACACAAAUAGGCCUUGAGACGUCCCUCAAGGAAGCAGAUCAGACAACCUUCCUGUUCCAGCCACCCCUCCAUUCUGUAUAUACUGUAGGUAGGGGUGGCAGUAGAGAGGGGGAUUGAUUUGGACCAGGAUGGAUGCUAGGUGCUUAAAAAAUCUUCUGGCUGCUCAUGUUCAUGAGUAGUGGCUUUCUGCUCUUCCCGGGGCAAAUCAGGUCACAAUGGCAGGGGAGGGAUGGGUGCAUAGAACGUCAAGUGUAUUCCAGGAGAAGCACAGAGUGUAGGGAGCCCUCUAGACAACAUUCAUCUCCAUGCACCUUUGCUUUGACAUCAGCUAUCCUCAUUUACUAUUAGAGCAGAGAUAGUCCUUUUGCCUCCAGCCUCAAAUCCAUCAUUUGCCAGGCACACUCCAUGUUCACAAACUUUUCUAGGAAGUUCAAGGAUUAGAAUUGCUCUUGUUGGAUCACAUCAAAGGUUCCAGCAGCCAUGGUGGGCAGCCAGAUGCUGUGAGUAAACUCAUCAAAACAUGAUGGUGUCACCCAGCACCAAGCAGCUAAUUGUUCAUUAAUGCAGUACAUGCCCGGCUGCUUUUUCUCUUAAUUUAUAAGUGUGGGGAUGCAAAACAAACCUGUUGUCCCAUUUGAUUUCAGCCUGGAAUUAAGAGAAGCUCUGUCUGCCUCCAGGUGAGUGUGGACAGGUGCUGGGUGCUGGAGACUAAGCUGCUUAGCAAGGUGAAGGGCUCUGCUUUGGCCAGGGCGGCAGGGAAUGGGCACAACCUCUCCUGCUUUCUUGGGGGUCAGGGCUUGUAGUUAAUGGCAUUUUCACAUCUGUAGAAUCUGGGAAGUGGCACUGAACCUUGAGAACUUAAGUUUCCACCUUUAUUUUACUUUUUAAAGCAUAUUUUGAUUGCUUGUAACCAUGGAGGUGCAUUACGAAACCUCCAGCAUUCUAGGGAUGGAGCCUCUGGGCAUUGUAUGAUAACUCUUCUUUGAUCUAAUUGUAUACUGUACUUAAAGUGCCUGCAUAACUGCCUGCUCCUUCAUAGAUUCCUUUUCUGCUUCAGAUCUCAAAUCAGAUCUCCAAAUCUGUCGCCAGAGGUGGCUUUCUGCCCUACCCCUGACCAGCUUCUCCUUUCUGUUGCUUUAAGAAAGUGCUCCAUAUUCUGAAACUCUUCCUGUGCAAGAAUCAAUAACGCAGUAAUCAUAACUUGAAGGAUCAUUUGCCAUUAGAUUAUAGAACACAAUUUGUAAAUUCUUUUAGUUUUGGAUUUUUUAAACUUAAUUAGCAUGACACAUGACAUUCUGCACAGAGGUUUUGGCUGGAGCCUGGCCAGAUGCCACUCAUGGGUGACCUGUUAUGCAUGUAGCAAAGAGGUGGUUGGCACUCACCAUGGAUGCAGUGUAGGAGUAGAAAGCAAAGUGCCCUAAUAUUUUCCCUUGUGUUGUUUGUUUUUUAGGGAAACUGAGGCCAAUCCCUGUGUGA